CUGUAACAAGUGCAUGGCACAGGAAGCCACCAUGAAUUGGUUGGAGGAAGGAAACACUCUUCACUCACGAUCCCGCCCACCAUCUUCUUCUACUUAUUCCGUGAUAUGCCCCCCUGCGUCAGCCUCUGCCCAGCUGUUACAACUUGCAUCCUGCUCGCUUCUCUUUUGAAUUCAGCUACACAUCCCCAGCCUGAUAGUAGCGGGCCCUGCUCGGGAAGACGUCUGCAGAUCGUAAAUUAGGCUUUGCAACACAGCAAUGGAGUCUGAAGUGAACCCUACAAAUCGACCAGAAGUAUUUUUCAAGUCACUGAUCGAAAAUAACUCAACCACCAAAGAGGAACCCCAAGAAUUUCUGAUCUCUGAUGUCAGGUCUGUUCCUGAGGCUCAGUAUGCCUUUACCUCUGUAGAGCAUGCACCUUCUAUGGCAAAGACUGAGCAGAACAUUAAAGAAGAAUAUGUAACUAGUCCUAUUUCUGAGCAAAUAAGCUUUCCUGAUGUGGAUAAAGAAAAUAGAGAGGAUGCAGAUGAAAAGCACCACUCUUUGUCCAGAGAUAUUAAGUUCUAUGUAAAGAAAACCAUUAAAAAAGAAAGUAGUAUUGACAACGAGUUACAAGAGGUAAAACAUAUUAAAGAAGAGGAAGUAAAGGACUUUCCAGUUAAACAAUAUAGUUUGGGAAAAAAUAAGACCCCAAGAUGUGGGCUAAAAAGAGACAAACACCGCACCCGCAAAGUAAAGCCAUGUCGCCGCACUCCACCUGCAGAUCCAAACUUUUUCUUUAAAUGUGAGGUAUGCGAUAAAGUCAUUAAGCACCAAUCAAACGUCGCCGACCAUCAGAGAAUACACACGGGAGAGCGUCCUUACGAGUGCGAGAGCUCCAUCAUUUGCAUUCACUUAUAGCUCGGACCUUUGUUGCUUCAUUUCUGGUGUCUCCAUAGCAAGAGAAAAACAGCAUGGAGGAUAUAAGCAUUUCAGUUAGAGCCGUUUCCCAGAAUUGAAUAGCCUGCAAUUUUGCGGCAACUUAGAAGUUUGUGGCGGCUAUGAUAUCCAAAACGUUGGAAGUCCUAGCUGGCGAUUUGGAGGCUGAAAAGGAAGCGGUCAGAGAUGUGUGUCAUAUUAAAAACCAACUCAUCACUAGCAUUCUGUUCUGAUUGGCUGGAAACUGUAUAUUCUAGCCAAUCGGAGUAAAGCCAAUAUAUUUGUGCACAAUGAACUUGCUUAUCCCUGUUAUUCGCUACUGUAGUUCCUCCCAGAGCUAGUUAUGCGUCAGCUAAGUUGUUUAUUUUGGCAAAUGUCAGGAUCAUAGAUUGUACGUGGAUUUGUGGAAUAUAUGUAAGUAGUAAAGUGGAGAAUGAGGGAUGUGUGAGGUUGUUUUCAUUUCAAGUAAAAAAAAAUCUAGACUGAGUUUGCAUCCAGGCCCUGUAUGCUAAGGCAUGCUGACACUCGUGGUUUUCCAAGUGCCUGCAUGCCCUGGCCUGUAUUAAAAUUUGUCAUGACAGGACUUGCUGGGACCGGUAGUUUAAAAAACCCAAAACACAUUUGUUCCGAUAUUAACACUAAAGAUGUUGGGAAUUGCCCUAGUGUUAUCAGCAUGGGGUUAGUUUUCCAAGGGGGUGGCACAUUUCUUACUGCGGGUCCAUUCCCCCUAUGUAACACAUCCCAGUGUUGACAUGACUUGGGUCUAUGAUGGGAGACCCCAACGCUGUGCAUCUCCCUUCUAUAGUGCCACUAUUGCUGGCUGGUAAAGCCUAGUGUUGACUGUGGAAAACUCAGUGGACCCAAAGCUCUUUGUCCCUUACCACCUUAGGCUGGCAGUGCUAGUAAUGGUUCAGUUUGGGUGUUGGCAUUUAGAUAUUUUAAUCAUUUUUCUCUACAUGGUGUCCAAUGAGAGAGCUGCCAAUACAGCAAUCUUAUCAUCCAGAGGCACCUCUUUUAGUCCAUGAUUAUUAUUAUUUUUCUAUUGCAUUUUUUGCAGACUAUUGCAUCUCGUCACUUGGACCUGUAACAUAGUGAAAAUCAGGACAAUGACUUUAACAUGGUGGUUUUCUGGCGAUUCUUCUGCAUUUUGGGGGUCUUUCCGAGUUCGCUAGCUGUUUUUGUAUAUGCAGCGCAGCGAUUAGGUAAAAAAGCGGCACUUCUGUGCAUGCGGCGCAAUGCGCACGCGCGAUGUACUUUCACAACAGCCGAUGCAGUUUCACACAAGGUCUAGCGACACUUUUCAAUCGCACUGCUGGCUGCAGAGUGAUUGACUGGAAGUGGGUGUUUCUGGGUGGUAACUGACCGUUUUUCGGGGAGUGUGUGGGAAAACGCAGGCGUGUCAGAUACAGACGCAGGCGUGCCUAGAGAAACGCAGGCGUGGCAGGCCGAAUGCAGGGCAUGUUCGUGACGUCAAAACAGGAACUUAACAGUCUGAAGUGAUCGCAAGGUAGGAGUAGGUCUGGAGCUGCUCAGAAACGGCACAAUCUUUUUUUUGUAGCAGCGCUGCGAACCUUUCGUUCGCUCUUCUGCUAAGCUAAGAUACACUCCCAGAGGGCGGCGGCUUAGCGUUUGCACUGCUGCUAAAAGCAGCCAGCGAGCGAUCAACUCAGAAUGAGGGCCUUUGUACUAAAUACGGCGAUUAGUAACUUGCUAGUCAAUGACCAGAAUCCCAUGACGUAAGCAAAUUUCCAGGCUGUUACAGCCGAGCCACUGUGUCAGAUCCCUCCUGCUACGGGGAGAGAAACAACUGAAGGGUAGUAGCAGAUGUAUCAGCUAUAUGCACAUACCAAGAUAAAUACAGCUAAUGAGAAAGGACACCCACCAAAGUACUAUUAUUGUGAAGAAAACAGAUUUAUUAUAGAGAUUAUUUAAAGUAGAACCCCAUUUUCGUGAGAUCUCGUAAUCUACCUUAGUUUCUAGAUAUUUUCAUGGGCUUCUUAGGGUUAUAGCCAUAGGUAAUAUCCAGACAAGAAGAUUCUAUUAGUUUUUAAUUUGAAUGCUCUUAAGACUGCACCUUCUUUUAUUAGCUUCCUAUUAACACUUUAUUAAUAUUACAUUGUUUCCAGAUGCGAUGUGGUUUUUGGUUACUGUUUUUAUGUUUGACAGAUUCCAUCAAUACAUAUGUUAAAAUGAUGGUUAUCUUCAUAUGCCAUCUAGUGGUGUUCACCUGUUCUCCUUUCCUUUUUCCUCUUAUUUUUCUUUUCUUUCUAUUCGUUCUACAUCGUUCUCUUUUCUUAUUCCGUACUAUUUUUCUUAAUAUUAACGUGUUAUCUUUGUCAUGGUAAUUUUCUGCAAACUUUUGCCUGGUAUAAAAAAAGAAAAAAGACAGAAAUGCAGAUUUUGGUAUUGUCAGGAUGGAUUGCUG